AACUAUCAACCAAUUGUCAUUCUUGUAUUUAGUAAAAAUGUUACAGUUUUCAUGUAAAAGUGAUGGAUUUUCGAUUAGUAUUAUUCAUGACAAAACACCAGCCAAUAAGGUGUUAACAGAGACAGUGGAUGGAAGACCAUUAUCACCAACUGAAUCAUCCCACUCUCCAUCGCCCAUCGAGAAACCCUUUCUAUCAUCGGAUGAUACAUCUUCCUCUUCUACAUUCAUCGAAAAACCCUCUACAUCAUCAUCUCCUCAUGAUUCAUCUCGUUUUUCAUCUCAAAAACCUAAUGACAUUUUCACGCCUUCUCCAUCCCCUGUAACUGGGAAAAGAAUUUUUGAACCAUCCACAUCAUCUCUAAAGAGGCAAAGAAUAGACAAAUCUUGUUCUUCUUCACCCAUCGAAAAACCCUCUACAUCAUCAUCUCCUCACGAUUCAUCUUGUUCUUCUUCACCCAUCGAAAAACCCUCUACAUCAUCAUCUCCUCACGAUUCAUCUUGUUCUUCUUCACCCAUCGAAAAACCCUCUACAUCAUCAUCUCCUCACGAUUCAUCUUGUUCUUCUUCACCCAUCGAAAAACCCUCUACAUCAUCAUCUCCUCAUGAUUCAUCUCGAAAAAUCAAAGCCAAGUCGACUCGUGGUUUUUCAUCAUCUUCAGGCAGGAGGCAAAGAAUGAAUCUUAGAACCUCUCGUGCCUCAAUUCAGAAUGACCAAAUUCCAAAAAAGACCCAGCGGAGAGAAGAACGCAUUUCCAUUAUUCGUGGUUAUCUUGCUGAUAUAGCACCUCCAGAGGCCGCAAUUCCACGAAAGUUCCUCAAAUCAUGUCGAUAUUGUCUCGAUCAUCCGUAUGCUUUGGUUUUCCGAAAGGUUUUUCUUAAAGAUCAUUUUACACCUGAAACAAUAAAGACCAGGAAAUAUCAUGAAGAAAAUCAAGCCAAAAUUAGAGAAGCAGCGCUGAAAUUUGGUGCUCCGAGUUGUUUUUGCGUAGAUUUGAUAAAUUUUUGAAAAACGCGCGCUUGGAAUUAGAAUAGUCAAAGGAUAUUAAAGCGAAUUUUUUGUUGUU